CGUUUUUUCUGCGCGUCGUUCACGCAUUCUCACACACCAGACAAGAAGCAGACAAGCACCGAUUGCCGACAACAACGGCCAAGCAACAAGCACGCUCACACUCUCACACCCCCCUUCCCUUCCCUUCCCUUCCCCCCCUCCUUUCCCCACACUCCCCACGCACCAGGACAGGAUGCGGUUGUGGUUGAGGAUAGCGAGCAUUGGGGUGGCUGCGCUUGUGGUGCUGGCGCUCGUGCGGCUGUUCACGCUGUCCGAGACAGACAGUGGUGUGUCAGCAGCAUUUCUGUUCAACUUCCACAGCAAACACGUCGCAGACGCGGCAUUGCAUGACCUGCGAAAGCAACAGCGACACCAGCAGCAGCACCAGUACAGGGAGCUCGUCGCCGACACGGGGUACACGCUGCAUGUGCCCGUGGAGUCCCUGGCAGAGGCGCAGCGCCUUGUUCGCCGACUUAACGACGACAUCAAGACCACAUCAAAGAACCCAAGCAGCGAUGGCGGCAGCAAGAGCAGCGCCAGCAACGACGACGAUGCGUUGCAUCUCGUCUUCUACCCGCUCGAUGCCGCCGCCGCUGACGACGCCGCGGCACAGUCGUCGUCCCAAGCAGCGCCGGUGUUGUCGACAUCGCCGUUGGCCCUGUCGCCGACCAUUGGAACCGCCACUGUCGGCGACGUGCCGUCCCUGAUCGACAUGCUGUCCUGUGGACCGCAGAUAGAGGCAGAGCCCGGUCCGCAGCACGCAGGCGCUGUGUACCAUGCCCUGGAGGAGGAGCGGGACAUCUGCCGCACCCACUCGCACAACAACCACUUUCUCUGGCUCGUCUCCGAUGUCGACACCAUCAAGCAGGAGCAGCCCGCACCGGGCUCACGCUUCAACCGCGAUCUGGUGCAAAACCUGUUGGCCAUGGUGCACCGCUUCUAUCCAGCGUACUCGCCGCCCGUGGAGACGCUCAUGGGCUUUUCGCUGGCGCAACCCACGUUUGAGCAGCACACGCUCGGCUACAGGCCCGUGCACCCGAAGAUGCGACAGACGAACAACUUCUACACCCUGCAGCAGCCGCAGACGCGCGGGGGCAUGUACCACAUGCCGGCCAUAUCCCAGUACGUGCGCUGGUACGAGGCGCGGUGCCGCGUGCUCUCGCCACUCCCCUGUUCCCUCAACGCGCACGGCGAGGGCAGCGGGCUCGCUGCUCUGCACUUUAUCGAGCAAGGGUUCUUCCACAUGAUGACGGAGGUGAAGCUGACGCUGGUGUAUCCACCCAUCGACAUUGGCUCCACGCUUCUGCACACGCCGCCGUCGUCUGCGCCUCUCAACUGGCCACCGCAGGACCAACAGCAACAACAACAGCAACAACAACAGCGGGAGAGGAGGAAUGCCGGCGAGAGUGUGCGUCCAUCGGUGGUGGUGUCGUAUCAGCAGCUGCAACACAUGCUGGCGCGCGUGGUGCCAUCGGAACUUCCCGUGUACAACGCCCGCCGCACGUACCUGCACAACGGGCCCGCGAGGUUGUUUGCGCGGGACACGGAGGUGCUGGGCCGCUGCACCAUGGUCAUCACCGUGUACGAUCGGUAUGCAGAUGUGCUGAAUCGGCUUCUCUUCUACCACGACAGCCUCAACCUUCGCGACAUUGUUGUGGUGUGGAACGCAGUCAACCAGCCACCCGUCCCCGUGCCGGCACACGACUUCUACGUCCCUAUACAGGUGCUCCGGCAGAGCCGCAACAGCAUGAACAACCGCUUCCGGCCGCUGCCGCCGUCCGAGCGAGGGCCACACUCGGACUGCAUCGUUAACAUGGACGACGACUGGAACAUGCCACACCAGGUGCUGUUCCAUGGCGUGCGGCUGUGGCACCACCUCUACCGCGACCGCCUCGUUGGCGUCAUCAAGCUUGGCCGCCUGCACGGGCGCGACGAGUUUGACAAGAGCAAGUGGGUGUAUCUGAAGAACACGAGCAUGCCGCAGUCGAUGGUGCUGCCGAGCGGGAUGGUGUACGACGCCAAGUACAUGCACAUGUACACGCACGAGGUGCCUGCGGCCCUACGCGAGCACGUGGACAACACGAUCAACUGCGACGACCUCCUCAUGAACUUUGCGGUGGCGAACCGGACCAAGCUUCCACCUGCCUUUGUGGCAACAAAGGGCGUGCGGCGCGUGGACGUCAUCAAGCAGCUGGGCCUGGACAAGGGCCUGUGGCGGCGAAGCAAACACUAUGAGGACCGCGACAACUGUCUCAACCUGUUUGCGAAUGCAUAUGGAGGCAUGCCGCUGCGCUACACGACAGUGCAGCACGUGAUUGACGACCACCUGGGCAACCCGUUCCCGCAGCGGUUCAACAUGGACGUGGAGAACGCGGACUCGGACGAGGUCGUGUGCACGCGAUGCACUGACGAAAAGGCGGUGGAUGAUUGCGUAAGGUGCGCUCGCAGGAUGCCCGGCACAAAACCGCCGCCAAAGCAGUGAUGCAGUGAUGUGACACACACAGGCGCAUGCGCGUGCGCUGCUGCUGCUGCUGCUGCUGCUGAUGCUGAUGAUGAUGAUGAUGACCGACGAUAGAUGAUGUCGUGUUGAAUCGAGCUGUGCUCCCUCAAUCGCCCUUGCGUGUGCUUCAUGUCAUGUCUUAUUGACACGAAGACACGAUCACCCACCCCCUUGUUACCUUCGCUGCCGUGCAGCCGGACAUGUGUGUGUGUGUGUGUGUGUGUGUGUGUGUG